AUGCAACGAACUGGAGCACUCGACCAAUACGAAAGAGAGGAUGUAACACCCAUCAUUGGGACUGAAUUUCCAAAAGCCAAGUUGACAGAUUGGAUCAAGGCACCAAACGCUGACGAGCUGCUCCGUGACCUAGCGAUCCUCAUCUCUGAGCGUGGAGUUGUCUUUUUCCGCGCGCAGGAUGGUCUAAGUAACACCGAUCAAAAAGAAUUGAUGCAGCGCCUGGGCGAAUUGACAGGGAAGCCCCCGACGAGCCGCCUGUCGAUCCAUCCCAUCUUCGAACAAGGAGACAACGACCCUGAAAUCAACACUAUCAGCGCCGCGCAGGACAACAAGCUGCGUUCAAUCGACUACUCCGUCUCUAUUCCAAAGAAACAGAGCUCUGCUCACUGGCACUCUGAUGUUGCCUUUGAGCCAGUGCCGGCAGAGUACACUACUCUGAGGCUGACCGAAGUUCCGAAGACGGGAGGAGACACCCUUUGGGCAUCAGGAUACGAGCUGUAUGACCGCAUUAGCAAACCCUACCAGCGCUUCCUUGAAACCCUGACCGCCACCUGCGCACAGCCUGGCUACAACAAGGUCGCUGCUACGGGCAAGUUCAAGCUCUUCGACGGCCAGCGCGGGGCGCCAGAGAACGUUGGAUCAAACUUCUCCUCGAUCCACCCCGUUGUACGCACAAACCCAGUAACGGGAUGGAAGAGCAUCUACUCUGCAGGAUUCCACGUGCAGAAGAUCAACGGCGUGACUGAAAGCGAAAGCAAGGCCCUGCUUGACUGGUUUUUGAGGCUGAUUAACGAGAAUAACGAUCUCCAGGUCCGUUUCAAGUGGAGGAAUGCAAAUGACAUGGCUAUCUGGGACAACCGUUGCGUGUUCCACACUGCAACCUUCGAUCUCGAGGGUAGAGAGGACAGGUAUGGCGUUCGUGCUGUUGGUGUAGGGGAGAAACCAUACUUUGAUGCAAACAGCAAAUCUCGGAGGGAAGCGUUGGGAGAGCCCGUCGAGGCCCUCUAA